AUGCCGGGCUUGACCAUCUCCCACCUCCUCCUCAUCCCAUCCAUCUCGACCCUCAUCCUCUCGUCACUCCCCGUGGCGCAAGCCUACAUCCCAGCGGUACCUAUCAACGACACGUCCAGUCUCAACCUGACGGACUCGUCUAGUAUAUCUAUAUCAUGGAGGAAUCCCCCUGGUGUAUAUUCUGGCUCAGUAUCGUAUCAGCUCGAAGCGGACAUACCCACCAAUGGCACCACCACCGGCGCGCUCGUACAUUUCUCGGAAGGGACGAUGGGGCCGAAUCUCACGACCAGCACGCCCUGGAUCGCGUUCAUCAGUUGUGAUCUGAACGAGACGGGCGCGAGCAUGGAGGAUGAUGUGUUCACAUUGGCGCGAGAUCGCGGUGCUGUGUCAGCAUUGUUGUAUACGACCCAGUCAGCAUCCUGUGCGCUCAAUCCGCGGUACAUCAAUGACUUUGAAAAGCCGCUGGAUGUUUUUGCAACUCGUUCGGUACAGAUCGCUCGGGUCAUUGAUAGCCAAUUCCGCCAUACCAACGAGACGUACUAUGUCUAUAACGGCACGCAGCUCAAUAUGAGCGGCGCCUUGGUGAAUGCCUCACUCGCCGGCUCUCGCACCCGUGUCAACUUUAACGAUACCACCUACCUCAUCGGCACGCUCGAAGCGCGCAACUCGACCGGCCAGGCCACACCGACCGAUAUCCCCGGCUCCACCCAGUCCCCUCCUGCCGCGACUAAUAGCCGAGUCUCACCCUCCAUGAUCGCCCUCUACGUCAUUACCGGCCUCAUCGGGACUUGCUUCAUCCUCAUGCUUCUCCUGGGCUGGCGGCGCGCUCGGCGCCAUCCAGAACGGUACGGUCGGCGGGAAGAGGCGGGCGAGGCGCCAAGGACGACCGCUGCUGGUCUUGCGCAGGCCAUGCUGGAUACGUUCCCGGUCAUCAAGUUCAACCGGCGGCAUGCCGCGAACGGGACGAACCAGGUCCAGUCAAACGCGCACUCGCAGUCACAGUCGCAAUUUGGCGGCGCGUCACCGAAGCGCCUCGACUCGGAUACGGAGCUGAGCAUUCUCCCUCAUUCGGGCGGAGAGUAUCGGGAUGCGGCGGGCAAGGAGGAUUCAGGUUCGGAUAUGACGCAUGUCCAAGCGGCGAGUCGGGCGGGCAGCCGAAAGACCAUGUCGCGGCCUACAUCGGGAACGGGCGGGGAGGGGAUGACGCUCGAUGGAGUGGUAGAGGCAGAGGCGGAGACGCCGGGGGAUAUCUGCCCAAUUUGUCUGUUGGAGUUUGAGGAGGGGGACGAUUUGAGGGUGCUGCCGUGUGAGAGGGAACAUAUGUACCAUCAGGGCUGUAUUGAUCCUUGGUUGUUGCGAGUAUCUGGAAGCUGUCCGUUGUGCCGGAAGGACUUCAACGUCCCCGACGCUCCACCAUCUUCUGGCCCUACCGCUCCGUCCACCUCGAUCUCCACAGCCUCUUCCAGCCCCGCACCACCUCUAUCCUCCACCUCCGCCUCGACAACCACGCCAGCUCCCACCGCCGCCCCUGCCGCCUCAGAGCCUCAAGGCGGAUUCGCCCGAUACCUAGCCUUCAUGCGACGCGAACGCCGCCGAACCCGCCGUCGGGCAGAUACGAGCGCCACCGCCGCUUCUGGGCUGAGUGCCACGUCUGAGAAUGAGCCAGGGGAGGAAGAGGAGAUUGAGAGUGUGGUGUGGGGGCCGGGUAGGGGGCGGGCACCAUCGGCUUCGGCUUCGACCUCAGCGUCGGCGCAGGCGCAGGCGCAAGCGCAGGUGGGGAGGAGAGCUUCGGGGGCGGGACUGGGCUAG